UUUACUGAGAUGUUGUUCAUUGGAGCUACGAGCCCAUAUAUGGAAGAUCAUAUGUUAUUUUGAAGUCAGUUAUAUAUAUUUUAUUUUCUGACGUAUAUAUGUCUAGCACUUAAAACAUCAGUAGAAAGAUCAAAUGAUUGCGAACUCUGGUUGGCUGGUCGGGUUGCUCGUUAUUUCAUCCUGUGCCACUUGUUUUUCCCAUUCUCACCCGCACAUUAUUCUUAUAGUAGUGGACGAUCUGGGUUGGAAUGACAUCAGUUUACACGGAUCUCCACAGAUUCCUACCCCAAAUAUUGAUGCAUUGGCUGCUGAUGGCGUAGUGUUGAACAACUAUUACGUUUCACCGAUUUGCAGUCCUUCUAGAGGUGCCCUGAUGACAGGGAUGUAUCCAAUUCAUACAGGCCUACAACAUUACGUCAUAGUGGCUGGAGAACCGUGGGGAUUACCUCUUCAUUUCAAUACUAUGCCCCAGCACUUCCAGUGCUUAGGAUACACUACGCAUGCUAUUGGAAAGUGGCACCUUGGUUUCUUUAGAAAGGAAUACACACCAACUUUUCGAGGGUUUGACUCUCAUUUUGGUUACUGGACGGGCCGUGAAGACUUUUACGAUCACACAGCAUUCACUGGUGCUGGCUGGGGAUUAGAUUUUCAUGACAAUCUCACUACUGUGUCCGAUGCUUUAGGCAAGUAUGCCACCAACAUUUUCACUGAAAAGGCUAUAAAAAUAAUAGAGCAAAACCAGAACACUAAGCCACUAUUUUUGAUGUUAGCUCAUCUUGCAGUGCAUGCUGGGAACCCAUAUGCCCCUCUACAAGCUCCGAAAUAUUACAUAGACAGAUUUAAGAAUAUAAAAAACAAGAAACGUCGGAAAUUUGCAGGUAUGGUCGCAGCGUUAGAUGAUUCUAUCGGUCUCGUAGUUGAAGCUUUAUACAAAGCAAGUAUGUUGAACAACAGCAUCAUCGUGGUAACCUCUGAUAAUGGUGGCGCUGCUGGCGGUAUCGACGACAGUGCAGCAUCCAACUGGCCCCUCAGAGGUACCAAGUAUACGAUGUGGGAAGGUGGAAUCAGAGGCAGCGCCCUCUUAUGGAGUCCCCUACUAGAGAAAGGUGGCGGACGAGUAGCUCCACAGAUGAUGCAUAUUUCCGAUUGGUUACCAACUUUAUACCAUGCAGCAGGUGGCUUGGUCUCAGAUCUUGGGGAAUUGGAUGGUGUGCAACUCUGGGAUGCACUCUCCAAAAAUCUCCCAUCGCAAAGGACUGAAAUACUCCACAAUAUUGAUCCCAUCUGGAAAGUGGCAGCCUUGAGAGUUGGCGAUUUCAAACUUGUACAAGGUACAGUGUUCCAUGGCAAGUACGAUAAGUGGUUUGGUCCAUCUGGAAGAACUUCAACCAAGAACAAAUUCCGUGCGCAUAAUAAAACAUCUGAAGAUAUUCAGAAACUACGAAAUAUGUGCCUAAAUUCUGUGACAGCCAAAACGUUAAAAGAGAUAGGAAGAAGCCUUUCAGCAGAGUUCUGCUCGUUACCAGAAGCGAUCCAGGUUAAUUGUGGAACUAAACCAACUAAUGCUUCUAGAAACUGCCAACCAAACAAGAAUCCUUGUGUUUAUAACAUCAAAGAAGAUCCGUGUGAGUACAACAAUCUUGCGCAGAUACAUCCAGAGAUUACAAAUUCUCUAUCACAGCGACUUCAAGAGUACAACAAAACAGCUGUUGCCCCAGGCAACAAACCAGCCGAUCCAUUUGCAGUUCCUUUGUUUCAUGAUUUUACAUGGGUGAACUGGAUGGAUAAGCAUUGAAAGCGUUUUUUCUUCUUAUUCGUGUUGCUUUCAGAAAAUGAUAAGCUUUGAAUAAUAUCGGAUAGCUCAAUGUUUUACACAUCUCUUUGAAUUUCGAAAAAUAAUUUAAAAUAUAAAGUAAAUUCCACAUUAUGUUUGUUUGUAAUUAAGCACAAAGCUACACAAUGGACUAUAUGUGCUCUGCCCACCACGAGUAUCGAGACACGGAUUCUAGCGUUGUAAGUCCGCAGACAUACCGCUGUGCCAUUGAUGGGGGGGGGGGCGGCUCCACAUUCUGUCUAAAAUUAAGAUUUUUUCAUACCAAUUCUCCGUUGAACAACCAAGCAGGUUUCCCUUAUUCUGAGGGUUUAAUAAACAAAUUACAACGAGCAAAACAAAUAUGUCUAGACUUAAAUAUAAACAAAAAUUAUUAAAUUUAAUUUAUGAUGGUUUUAUCUGGUCCAGGCGCGGACUGACCACCGAGAAAAAUCACGGUGGACUUCGUUGGAAAAGCACGUAAAAAUAGAUUCAUGUUCUGUCAACACAACAGAAAAACAAUUAUUUGUCUCGUGUCAUCACAUUAACUUUUAAAUUAACGUUUGUGUUAAUUCUAUCAAUAAUGACAUGCAUCGUAAAGGAUUUACUUGAGGAUAUUUCUGCUGAAGACGUUAUCUCUGAUCUUGUGAACUAUAUAUAUAACUAGUGUUCUAACAUUAAAUUUCAUAUACUUCUUAAGUAAGUAUAUCUGUUAUUUUUAUGACAAGUUUGUGUGCCCCCUCCCUCUAGCUUUUUCCCGCUAGAAUUUUGGAGUCCAGUUUGUCCCUGAGCUUGUUGGGUUGCUGUUUCAAGUUAUAGUUUGCUCCACCUCCAAAUACCUCUUCAAACAAGAUUUGGCUAUUUCUUAAUUUCUUUAGUGCAUAUUGGAGGAUAAAAUAUAUUUGAAUAUUGAAGGUUUGUAUUGACAGUUUGUGUUUUAGUGGAACACUCCUGAAGAACAAUAAAAGAAGAAAAAUCACAGAUUUGGUGUUACAAGGUCGUUUAUUACUACUAUUAAUAUUUGAUUCUUUUUUGUUUUGGAUUUAGUGGCGCUUUCGAGCCAAGAUUUAUGAAAUUUCCUUAGUCUUAUCCAUAAAUAUAAUUAUUAUAUUCAAAUUAUAUUUAUAUGUUUUUUUAUUAACUUUGUUUAGCAUAAAUAUUUCACUCAUUAAAUAAUUCCAAAUUGUUGGGCUUGUACUGUUGAUAUCACAUGAACUUGGUAACUUGAAUUUCCUCUACCAGCUAUAUUAUAUUUUAAAAAACAAAACGAUACAAUGGGUGAAAAGUAUAAUUCGUGAUUUUCAUUACGUCAUCCUAUUCGGACUGCAAAAAUUCAGCAUAAGCAGAAACUUCUUAGUUGAUAAUUACUUGAAAUCCAAAAUACGAUACUUGUACGGGCCCGGCAUGGCCAGGUGGUUAGGGAGCUCGAUAUAAUGUG